UACGUGACCUCAUCAUGGAGGCUGUUUGUUGGUAUUGAUCCUGAGUCAUUAAGAGACUCGAUGUCUUCAGGAAGCACUUACUGCACCUGAGACUGAAUCAUAACAUCCUUUAUGUUAUUGCUCUCUCUCUUUUGGUGAGGUGACUCGGCAGAAUCAGUGUUUCCUAAAUCUUGGAGGGUGAGUUUAGUUUGCUGAUUUGAUAAAAUAACUCACAAGUUCCCACGGCCCAAGUUUCAAUUUUCAAAUAGCUUUUUACCCAAACAAAAGUAAAGAUGUAUUCAACACAUAUUUAUGUAGUUUGAUUUUUAACUGGCUGACCACUUUAUGGCUUCAGAAAACAAAAAACACCCCUGCUCUCUUUCCUCCUCCCCUCUCUCCUCCACCAUUACCUCAUCCCUCUCUUAUCUCCUCCCCACGGCCUCUCCAUCCUUGCACCUCCUCCUGGUGACGCAAAAACACCCGGAGGAGGAUGAGGAGGUGCGUAUCAUCAGCAACACUACAUACCGAGCACAGGCUGCACAAACCGGAUGUCCUCCUCCUGCUAUUUGUGGCAUUUUUCUUUAACUCAUAUUUGAUGUAGAUGUUUUUGAGUCGCUUGCGCGAGGCUUCCUGGACGUUUGCUGCCUCGCUGAUUUGAUUUUAAAAAAGAGGAAGCGCACACACACGCGAUCACCGGAAGAGAUUGGAAUCGGUUUCAUUGAACAGCGGCGUAUACCGGGGGGAUGCGUUUCGACAAGUGAGGCGUGAAGGGGGAUUAUUAACGCGGGAGAAGAAGACGACGAUGAUCGAUCGGGUCGCACGGCUCGAUUCCCGAUGAGACAGGAGCGGCUCACCGCCGCCGGCAGGAGGCCGAGGGCGGGCGCGAAGCAGCGGCAGCAGGGCUCGGGAGGGGUCGGUAACAUCAUCAGCAACGUCCUGAAGAAACGGAACGGGAUCUCCAGGAGCGCGCCGCGGCUGCUCUGCACCUUAGAGCCAGGAGUUGACACGAGGCUGAAGUUCACCAUCGAACCAUCGCUGGGGAAGAAUGGAUUCCAGCAGUGGUACGACGCCCUUAAAGCGGUGGCUAGACUCCCGACUGGGAUACCGAAGGAAUGGAGGAAGAGAGUUUGGCUAACGCUAGCAGACCAGUACCUCCACAGUAUCUCCAUCGACUGGGACAAGACGCUUCGCUUCGCCUUCAACGAGCGCAGCAACCCGGACGAUGACUCCCUCGGCAUCCAAAUAGUCAAGGACCUGCACAGGACGGGCUGCAGUUCUUACAGUGGCCAGGAGGGGGAGCAGGACAGGGUGGUGCUGAAGAGGGUGCUGCUGGCCUAUGCCCGCUGGAAUAAAAGUGUGGGCUACUGCCAGGGAUUCAACGUACUGGCUGCGCUCAUUCUGGAAGUUACGGAGGGACAUGAGAGCGAUGCACUCAAGGUGAUGAUCUAUCUGAUUGACAAAGUGCUGCCUGAGAGUUAUUUUGCCAACAACCUGCGAGCAUUGUCAGUGGACAUGGCGGUGUUCAGAGACCUGCUGCGUCUGAAGCUGCCCAGACUGUCCCAGCAUCUCCAACACCUUCAGAAAGCUGCCAACAGAGAGGCCGGAGGCAGCUACGAGCCUCCGUUGACCAACGUGUUCACCAUGCAGUGGUUCCUCACCAUGUUCGCCACCUGCCUGCCGGCGCCCACCGUGCUGAAGAUCUGGGACUCUGUUUUCUUCGAGGGAUCAGAGGUGCUGUUUCGGGUCGCCCUCGCCAUCUGGGAGAGACUGGGAGAGAGGAUCGAGUACUGUCACACAACGGACGACUUCUACAGCACGAUGGGUUGUCUCACUCAGGAGAUGCUGGAGCACAACCUCAUCGAUCCUCCUGAACUCAUGCAGGAGGUUUACGCCAUGGCAGUGUUUCCUUUCCCUCAACUGGCUGAGCUGAGAGAGAAGUACACCUACAACAUCACUCCGUUCCCUACCUCAGUCAAAUCCAGUGGAAGUGGCGCUCUGGGCAGCUGGGAGAGCGACGACGACGCCGACAUGGACGAUGAGGACUCUGUGGUGACGGCGCUCGGCUGCCUGGGUCCCCUGGGUGGCCUACUGGCCCCGGAGCUGCAGAGGUACCACAAACAUCUCAAAGACCAGCGAGGAGAGCAGUGGAACAUCGCAGAGCUGAGCCCAGGAGCGGUGGGAGCUGGAGGGGGAGGAGGAGGAGGUGCCAGGGCGGAGCAUCAAGCAGCAAUCAACAGCAUGAUGAUGGAGAGGAUGAGCACCGACAUCUACGCCCUGAAGAAGCAAUAUACGCGCAUCAAAAGGAGGCAGCAGCAACAGGCUAUGCAACUCUACAUACGCACAGGACCUGGACCUGAAGUGGCCACUAAUCCAGGGGUUCUCCAGGAGCAUCGCAACAAACGCAGCGACGACAAAUGUCCCGCCACUCGUGUCUUGCCCUCCCAACUCAACCCUUCAAGCUCCGUAAUCAACCACCUCCUUCUGGGUCGGAAACCACUCGUAGAUCCCCGGGGCUCCAAACCCACAUCCACUAGCACAUCCACACUACCGGGGUCCAGACCUGCAUCCCUGUCCCAGAAUCGGGGCUCCCCGGCCAGGCAGCGCUGUGGCUCUCUGCUCUCCAACAGCACUGGAUCUCCAGGGAGCUCGGGAGGAGGCGCCGGGUCGCCGUGGCGAGCUCAUGUCCGGGUUCAUCGAAGGAAUAUAGCCAGGGCCCGAGCACAGCUAGGCUUUGGAGAGUCAGAGGAAAGGGAAGGGGAUGAUGAUGAGGAGGAGGAGGAAGGAGGAUCAGGAAGAUUUGAGGGUGAAGAGGAGAGGAAGCUUGGGAGGGAUGAUGAGGAGCAGAAAGAAGGGAGUGACUCCUUGGUGUCUCCAUCUCCUGUUUCCUCUGGUGACGGGUCGGUUAGUGAAGAGGCUCCACAGGUGGCAGAUGAGACAACAGAAGUUGCAGAGGUGGUGGUGCAACUGGACGCUCUGGAUCUAGAGGACGCGGCAAAUCUGACCUCCCCCCACAACGCAAACUCAGAUGCACAACCAGAGUCUAAACCUGCACCCCAAGUCCCUCUCCUUCUCCCUCCUCCGCUGUCCUCAAACAGACACAAAGAGUCUGAUUCGUCAGGUUCAGAAAGAAGCGCCGCAUCUGACAGACACUUUCCCUCCAUCGCUUUACCUCCACCUCACCACUCCUUCAACUCCACUCCCUCCACUCUGAGUCCGUCCCCGUCUCCGGUCCCUACGCCGGCUUCUCUCGGCAUGCCCGGCUCGUCCUCGCCAACACCUCCCUCCACCCCGACGCCCAACUCCACAUCCUGCCUCACGUCCUCUCCUUCAGCUCACGACUUCUCCUCUCUCACUCCUCACGCGUCCUCCACCUUUUACAAAACGUCCUCCCCCUCCACCCCCUCACUUUCCUCUAUCGCCUCCUCGUCCAGGUCCCAUUUGUCCUCCUCCCCGUCAACCCCGGCCUUGUCGUCCACCGUCUCUCCCAAACAGCCGGCCUUUUCCCCGUUCCCUAGCGUGAAGCAGCCCAGGAAAUCGGCGGCAGCCAGAAAUCUCGGGCUCUACGGUCCGACGUCCAGAACACCCACAGUACACUUCCCUCAGCUCAGCCGCAACCUCAACCGGAGUAGCGCAGCGGGCGCCACAGGCAGCCGGUGAAGACCUCUGCGCUCCCGAACUGAAGCUAGAAACACACAGUCGUUACGUGAUAUGAAGAAAAUCAUUCUAUAACUACACCGUGUUGCCUCCUGCGUAUCAAGAAAAUAACCCACGUCUUAUUUGAAGUAGAUUGAAAGUUGUAGAAACGUAAAGUUCAGUGUGCAUUGAUGUUGACAUGUGAAGAUUGUGGUUCACUUGAUGAAGGGUCCUCCUGAAAAUCUCAAGCCAUCACAGACUAGUUGACUCUUAAGUGUGAAACCUCAUGUUUUGUUUAUUGUUUAAACCGCAUUGUUACUGUACAGUUAAGGAACAUAGGACCCUAAGCCCUUUACAGUGACUAUAAUGGAUACAUGCUAACAAUAAAGAUUCGACAUCAGAUGUGAACCAUGUUUUACAGACGUUAAGAAGUUACAUUGCAUUUGUGUUGGACGUCGGUGUCCCUUCAAUAGUUUAAACCUUGAGAAAAUCCUUCUCCUGGACUGAACCAUGAAGAGACCUGCUUCCUUCUGGACUCAUUUAUGUGGCAACAAGAUGAAGCACCUUUUUUUUUUUUUUCCUUUAAGAUAACACGAUAGCCAUCCAGUUGUUUCAAUGCCAAGUAUUAAGAAACAAGAGAUACCUAAGAAGUUCUGUAAAUUAAGCAUAAUAAAAACUGUGUUCGUCCCCAAAA